CGCGCUGUAUGGGUCCAUAAUAGCCUCUGGGAGCACUAUGUAUAUCGCAAAGUGCAGUGCAAGAUUUUUUUGACCUGGCCUGACAAGCUUUCUUUUUUCUAGGUAAUCUUGGACCCUGAUCACGGACCUACAAACCACUAUGCACUUCCGAAAACACAAAUCCCAGGCCUCAGAACCUCCCGCAGACCCAAUCGUCACCUACCACUUGACGCAGACCCUGUCUGGAAAGCUCACCGUUACGCCGAUGCCCUCUACCUAUCGUGCCUACUCCAUAACCCUCAAUAAGCCUCGUGCCGCCCGCGACACAAUCGAAGUUGUUGUUCACCGGUCUGGAAAAGCCACGCCUGCUUCUACAUUCGACACGGUAGGACACUGCCUCAUCCAGGCUGUCCGAGGCAAGUUCCUGGAGUGCCGACUCGACUCCGAUGGUACAGACGUGCAGCUUGAGCGGAAAGGUAGUAGCUUCAAUAAUACAAAGGCGUGGUACAAUAUUUCAGCACAAGGGCAUCCGAACUUGAAGUGGGAGCAUGACGCUGAUGGAGGCGGGCGAACAAGCCCAGACAGAAGGCUGAAGCUGGUGGAGGAAGGCUCUGACGGAGUUGUUGCACGGUUUGCCGGUGCUGAGACGGGAGUCAGCGAGUUCGGAGUGCUCGAGAUCUACAAGGAGCAGAUGGUGCGGGAUCUAGACUGGUGCGGCCUUCUGGUGCUCACAGCAGUCUGCGUCUACGCAAGGGAGGAGCGGAGUAGGGAGAAAAACAAGAAGGCCAACGAUGUGGCAGGCCUCGUGGGCAAUUGGGGUGGACUGUUAACAAUGGGUGUACCGGUGGGUAAUUAGUGGACUGGAUCUCAUGACCGGCUUGUGCUUGUUUUUUGGAGUUCGGACUACUGUCUGAGUAAAGGAUAUUAUCAAACUUAUGUUCACGACGAUGGCAGGGAUACAAUUUACUGCUCAGUCCUCAGAACGCUUAUGCGUCCAAAGGCGCCGUGCUUUCAAAGCUUCUUUCAAGAAAAGCAGGCAAGAUGCGAAUGGUCAUCACGGGGCAGGACAUACAGUGACUGUACCCUUGAAAGACAUUUCCCUUCAAAUGCGA